AGACUCAGGAGCCCAGCUGGCUUCACCCAGUGGAUCUGCCACCGGGGCGCAGGUGGAGCUGCCUUACAGUCCCGCGCCGUGCGCCCGCCCGGACUCCUCAGCCCUUGGGCGGUCGAUGGGACCGGGCGCCUUGGAGCAUGGGGCGGCGCUGGUAAGGGAGGCUCAGGACGCGCAGGAGCCCACGGCGGUGAGGGGGAGAGUCAGGCAAGGCGGGCUGCCGCUCCCGAGCCCUGCCCCGCGGGGAGGCAGCUAAGGCCCGGCGAAAAAUGGAGCGCAGCGCCGGUGGGCCAGCACUGCUGGGGGACCCGGCGCACCCUCCGCAGCUGCUGGCCCGGGUGCUAAGCCCCUUACUGCACGGGCCGGCAGGGCCGGCAGGGCCGGUAGGCCGCUCCCAGUGCGGAGCCCGCCAAGUCCACGCCCACCCGGAACUCUAGCUGGCACGCAAGCGCCGCGUGCAGCCCCGGUUCCCGCCUGUGCUUCUCCCUCCACACCUCCCCGCAAGCCCAGGGAGCCGGCUCCAGCCUCGGCCAGCCCAGAGAAGGGCUCCCAUGGUGCAGCGGCGGUCUGAAGGGCUCCUCAAGCGCGGCCAGAAUGGACGCCGAGGCCGAGGAGGCACCGAGAGCGAGCGACGCUGCGCGGGCUGCCAGCAUGCUGUCACCUCUCAAUAUGAUCUUGUUGAUCAUUUUGGAUUUAAUACUGUGAAAACUUUUAAUCAGCGGUACCUAGUAGCUGAUAAAUACUGGAAGAAAAAUGGUGGAUCAAUACUUUUCUACACUGGUAAUGAAGGGGACAUUAUCUGGUUUUGUAAUAACACGGGGUUCAUGUGGGAUGUGGCUGAGGAACUGAAAGCUAUGUUGGUGUUUGCUGAACAUCGAUACUAUGGAGAGUCUCUCCCCUUUGGUGACAACUCAUUCAAGGAUUCCAGACACUUGAAUUUCCUGACAUCAGAACAAGCUCUGGCUGAUUUUGCGGAGUUAAUCAAACACUUGAAAAGAACAAUCCCAGGAGCUGAAAAUCAACCUGUCAUUGCCAUAGGAGGCUCCUAUGGUGGCAUGCUUGCAGCCUGGUUUAGGAUGAAAUAUCCUCAUAUGGUAGUUGGAGCUCUUGCAGCUUCUGCCCCUAUCUGGCAGUUUGAGGAUUUAGUACCUUGUGGUGUAUUUAUGAAGAUCGUAACUACAGAUUUUAGGAAAAGCGGUCCACAUUGUUCAGAGAGCAUCCGCAGGUCCUGGGAUGCCAUUAAUCGACUCUCAAAUACUGGCAGUGGUUUGCAGUGGCUUACUGGAGCCCUUCACUUAUGCAGCCCAUUAACUUCUCAGGACAUCCAACAUUUGAAAGACUGGAUCUCUGAAACCUGGGUGAAUCUGGCAAUGGUGGACUAUCCUUAUGCCUCUAACUUUUUACAGCCUUUGCCUGCUUGGCCUAUCAAGGUAGUGUGCCAGUAUUUGAAAAAUCCCAAUGUAUCUGAUUCACUGCUGCUGCAGAAUAUUUUCCAAGCUCUGAAUGUAUAUUACAAUUAUUCGGGCCAGGUAAAAUGCCUGAAUAUUUCAGAGACAGCAACUAGCAGUCUGGGAACACUGGGUUGGAGCUAUCAGGCCUGCACAGAAGUAGUCAUGCCCUUUUGUACUAAUGGUGUCGAUGACAUGUUUGAACCUCACUCAUGGAACUUAAAGGAACUUUCUGAUGACUGUUUUCAACAGUGGGGUGUGAGACCAAGGCCCUCCUGGAUCACUACUAUGUAUGGAGGCAAAAACAUUAGUUCACACACAAACAUUGUUUUCAGCAAUGGUGAACUAGACCCCUGGUCAGGAGGUGGAGUAACUAAGGAUAUCACAGACACUCUGGUUGCAGUCACCAUCUCAGAGGGGGCCCACCACUUAGAUCUCCGCACCAAGAAUGCCUUAGAUCCUACGUCUGUGCUGUUAGCCCGCUCCUUGGAAGUUAGACAUAUGAAGAAUUGGAUCAGAGAUUUCUAUGACAGUGCGGGAAAGCAGCACUGAGAAACUUUUGAUUGUUUUCAAUUUCUUCUUUUAUGUUCACACCACCACAUUCCCAUUCACUUUGAUUUUCUACAUGUAAUUACCUUCUUUUGUUUAUCAUUAGAUUUGAUGGGGCCAAGGUUGAGAUAGAAUAGAGGGUGAUGACGGUAAGAGCAAGUGUCCCAUGAAUGUGAUUUCCUGGGUUCUCACUGUCUUUGCAGCACGUCUAGGAAGAAUCUUCUUGAUAGCUCUCCCACACCAUCAGUGGCCCUCAUAACUGGAGUAGAGUUCCUGAUUGCUUUUCAUAAGAGGGAGAGUUACUUUCUUUGUAUCUCUGCAAGCAGAGAUUUCUCUUUGGUUUUGAGGUUGAAGUGUCUUUGGCCCAUUUGUAAGUCCCCAUCCCUACCCUACACAAAGUAAAAGCAGAAGAUAGAUAAAAAAUGAUGUAAUUGCAGCUGGUAGGAUGUCUGGUGCCAAUCCAGGAAGUGAGAGCCAUUUCUUUUGUACUGGAUUUAAUGACUUUGAACUGUGCUGUAAAUAAAUAAUACAGCUGGACCUUA